AUGUGGUUGCUGAAGUUUUCCCUCAUAUUCUGCACCAUCUUUUUUCUCAAAGACUGUCAGCCUAAGAGUCAGAAUACAAGGGAUAAUAAAGCAGUGUGGACAAUGGGCCAAGAUUCCACAACAUCAACAGAGUACAUGUGUUCGGAUAAUGACCAAAAGAGAAGAGACACCGUUGAAGAUAUCUUAUGCUUGCCACGGAAACAAUUUUUGAAAGGUUUAAAGUCACCAUGCUGGAACAACACCACAAACCAGCGAAUACAGUGCUUGCCAUAUUUUCACGUCAUCGGUUCUACUGGAACUGCUGUUGACGAGUUGUUCCUGAAAAUUUCACAACACCCUAAGGUGUUUUCAUAUGAAGUUGAUAAAAGUGCAGUGAAAGAAGGUUUCUGGUCAAAACAUAGGUACAAAAAAGGAACACCCAUUACUUUGAAUGAAUUUACAGAUCUUUUUCCUUACUCCAACUUGUCAUCAACAGAUAUGGUGUCAGGUUAUUUGGACGUUGAGGAUUUUUCGAAUACGCAAUGUUGGAAGCAUAUCCGGCAAAACAACCUCGAUUCCAUGGAGCCAGCGUUUAUAACUGCGCAUCUCAUUCGGCAUAUUCAACCGGAAACAAAAUUUAUCUUGAUGCUUCGUCAUCCAGCUGACAGGUUAUUUGAUCAUUACAUGAAUGAAAAAGGAAGAACAAGAAGUGCCGUUGAGUUUCAUUUUGACGUGUUAAAGUCAAUUAAAGAACUUAAUAAUUGCAAAUUAAUUUUCACUACACGACAAUGUGUUUACAGCCAAAAAUAUCAGGCACCAAUAACAGAAAGUCUUUACGACAUACACUUGCAAGACUGGCUCAGUGUAUUUCCUAGAAAACAAGUUCUCAUUCUCCGUCACGAAGAUUAUGUAAAAUACCCGUCCCAUACUUUAAACCAAGUUUUCAGAUUUUUAGAAAUAGAUACGAAAGAAGUUUUUAAAAAGCACUGGCAAUUGCCGGAAUCUAAUUUUAAAAGGCAAAGGAAGCGGAUGAGACAAGAAACCCGCGAAAUUUUGAAUAAUUAUUUUCAUUCAAGUUUAACACGUUUGACGCUUUUAUUGCAAGACCCUCAUUUUUCUUGGAAUGAUGAUUUGUAAGCUAACGUGUGAAAUGCGUAACAAAAAGCAAAAUAUACUUGCUGUAUAGC